GUUUCUGUGAGCUUGACAUGUUUUGCUGAAGUUGCGUGUGUGCGGAGUAUACAACACGCGCUGGACUGGAGGGAAUAUUCACCUUUUGAGUAAAUGUUAUGCUGGUCGCUCGUUUAUUUUUGAAGGGCUUGCAUGACGGAAAAUUGUUUCACCUUCAAGAAUGUAAAACUUUUUAGAAGUGCCAUGCUCGGCCCGAGGACGUGGCUUGGAUAACAAUUAAGAUACUAUAUUUAUAGAUAGGGGAGUUCUUGAAGGUUUUUUUAGAGCUGUCCGUUGCAAGAAGAUAACGUGGAAGGAAAAAUGGAUGAUGAGGAUGGUAAUAACAUUUCAAGAUUUGGCCCGAAAGAGGAGAGUACUGGGACCGCGGACAGUGAGGGAGGGUCGGAGGGGCGCUCCGAGCUCCUCAUGUAUCUUACCUGUCCGCCGGAGAGAUACAGGACAGCCAAGUUCUCGCUCGCAGCCUACGUCCUCUGUUGGGCGCUACUCAAGUGGUAUCAGAAACGCCGGUGCCAUUCUAUCUCCUUACAGACUCAGGAAGCCCUUGAAGACUCCCGCCACAGCGUAGACGGCCUGGGCCCGGGAGGAGUAGGGCCCCCCUCCGCCGCGGACCCCCUGGGAGGGCACUCGGGGACCACCCAACGCCCCACCCCGCCCUCAUGGCCGGCCCGCAGGCCUUCGGACCUGCGCCCAGACGGGAAGGACGGCCCGGGGUCGCUCCUGGGAGCGGAGGAUCGCUGCUCCCACGCCGGACCUAGCCGGGCCCGCCAGAGGGAGUCAGUCCACGCCGCCAGGCAGGAACCACAGGAGGCCGCCGGGACCCACCCGCGUCCCACCGGCUGCUGCAGGAGGAGAAGCCCCGAGCUCGACCCUGUGGACCUCUGGAAACAGCAGCAGCAGCAGCAGCGCGGCCUUAAAGAAUGUAGCACAGUGCCACCGGAGCUCCAUCCAGAGACACACAGGACGGACUGCGGCCACGGCCGGCCCGGGUCACAGAGCCUCUGCAGGGUCACACAGACCCUGCUGGGCAGCUCAGAGGUGUGCGGGUCACAUGGACAUAGCCCCCACUGCACAGACAGCGCCACAGAGAGUGCCACAGACAGCGCCACAGACAGCUACGUAGGCAACGCGGAGGUAAAUGCCACGUCCCUAGGUCUCACUGCUGAGCCCCCCUUUCCCACGCAGAGUAGAGAAAGCCCACAAUGCACCAGGACACAGUAUGUAGGACGCCCCGAUACCUGCGCCAUACAGAUAAACGAGACAGAGGAAGGGGUCAUUGGGACGUUCGAGAACGCCGGGUUGCUACCAAUUCAUGAAAGCACAGAUGUAGAAACACAGGCCCUAUGUGAGCGGGAUGUUGAACGAGGAAGCAUUGAACCGGUCGGCUCUAAUUAUGUAGAUAACUUUGCUGAUCCACACAACAGGGAGUGUACAGACAGCCACGACCAGUGUAAACAGGAGUGUGGUACAGAAUAUGUAGUGACAAUAGAUGAAAGCGGUGCAGACAUAGAUAGCAUAGAAGUGUUUGAGGUAGAACAACACAAUUUGUCUGAGAGUAUUGGGACAGAGAGUGUACCAAUUCAUGAAAGAGAGAGUAACUGUACAGGCAGUUUAACUGAUGAAGAUUUGACUGCCCUGCUGAACUCGACAGGGGCACACAGCUAUCACCCCACACCUGGUGACACGGAACAUAUAAACUGGUCUGGUAGCACGUCUACAGAGGUAACAAAAGCCCAGGGUACAACAGAAUCCCCCGUACCACAAAAUACAAACAAAGCAAUUCUAGACACACAAGCACAAAUUGUUUCCUCAUCAGACAACUUGGACAGUUGUUUUUCUAGCCCAACAGAGGAGAGCCCGAGUGCCCUAUUGGAUUCAACCCCUCAGUUCUCUCUUUGUACCGAUGUGACACACAGCUGUGUGGUUGGCCUCGAAACAGUGGUAAAUAAAGCAUCAGCGACGGUCAAUGAAAUCGGCUCCUCAAUCACCUUCUUGGCCGAGGCUGAGUCCCUUUUCUCUUUCGCCGGUGGUGCACCAGACUUAGCCGGGUCCGUUCCCCGGGCUCCUCAGAGAGCUGCUCCUGGGUCCACCCCCGGUCACGACACCCGGCAGCGCAGGGAGAAGCGACCCGGACGCCGCCGCCGCCGCCCCCCCCGGGGCUCGAAGGCGUCGCCCUUGCAAGACCUGGAUCAAACCCAGUGUUCGUCUCCCGAGAGCCUGGAGAAGGAGACCGCCGUCUGGCAUCAGCCCGUCUCCCUGGAGCUGUUUGAGGAGGUCCAGGAAUGCUCUGAGCUACCAGGGCCUGGCUCAGUUCAGACACCCCCUGACAGAGGUGGAGCAUGUUGGGAAGUUCUGCCGCCUCUCAUAGAUAAGGUUGUAGUUUCCCCAGAGUGUGAUGUGCUAGUGUGUCCCCACAACCUACUGCCAGAGAGCUCAGAGGGGGAGGGGAGGAAGGCAGAAUCAGCCUUCCCUCUCCCUUUACCACACAACAGCGGAGGGGAGGAGAGCACGGAGGCUGCAGGGAGUUAUGUUUGUUUUGACCAGAGAGGAGUUCUAGGACUAGAAAACCCCUCACUGUCCAAUACUGACACGGCAGACGAGUGUGAGAGCAUCGAAGUCGACGUCAACUCGAGAGAAUGUUUCGGUCACCUGGAUGCCCUUCCUACUGUGGUUUGGGAGGUCGAGGAAAGUCCUGCAGAACCGUCAGUCUUAAACCCUGAUUCAUAUCACUGCAGAGAACACCCAGAUCCGGGUCAAGGGCCGGUUCCCCUGUCCAAUAGAGAAAGAAUUUGCAGUUUAAAAGAGCAGGGUGUAAAACUGCUGGAGAGCCCAAACAGUCCCACGGUCCCCUGGAACGCGCUGGCCUCCCUCCCUGCCCCGCUCUCCGACUCCAACAACAACACAAAGGCCAGAGCCGGAGGAGCAGACGACACGGAGAGCACAGGCUGGUCCUCCAACGGACCACAGAGCAGCUCCCAGACCACUGAGAACACAGUUUGUGAUAGAGACGAGGCCGCAACAACAACCCCGACCGCUGACCUUUUGGAGUGCUCAGAGAAGCCCCGAGAGGUUUUGGUUGCGUUGCCCUCCCCGGUGUGCCGCGACCGCUACUGGAGCAGCGAGGACUCGGCUGUGUCCGGUCUGGGGGAGGACCUGGAGGCUCUAAAUCAGGAGGAGGACCUGGAAGAACAUCAGAACGAGGAGAAACUCAAUUACAUCUCUGAUCAGAUAGACGGCGGGUGCAGGGAUGUUGGGGAGCGGUUAGGCUCAGUCACACAGAGUGCCAGAGACCUUGAACCUUUAGUGCCCCAGCUGGAGCCAGCACUGCUAAUGGACACAGGAUGCAAUGAGGAGCUGAAUAAUUGCAGCAGCAAUUGGCCACCUGACUACACAGAGUCCUUUGAGGAUUACCUUCUGGCAGAGGAGCACAGAGAGCCACAGGAGAGUGGUUCCAAAUGUCCACAGCAGGUGGGUCGAAUUUCCAAAGACCCAUACCCAUGCCUGGACAUUGGUACAAUCAAAAGCUUAGAUCCCAUUCUGGAGGCAGACCGUCAGGACAGCUCAGUGGCAUCCGAGGAUGAUUCACAAUUGAAAGCACAAAAAGUGGAUGACAUGGGGCCAGUAGAAGAAGAGGGAAGUUUAAAUGUCUCAUCUGGGAACCUGACACCAUCUCUUCCCGAAAGUUCAUACGGCCAGCAUGAGCCUGAAGAAGAGCCCUCAACCACCACUGAGAUGAAGGCCCUGAGUCACGCCCCAGUGGCUGAGAUGGACGACCUCACCACCGCUCCUCUUCUGAGGCCCGGCGGAGAGAAGCUCUGCAGACCCAUGACCAUGACCUGUGACCCCACGUCCUACGGUGCAGAAAGCACUAACAAUGAGGAGGACAAAACGAGUAAGAAGGGCAAAACAAAGGGCAGCCCGACAGCCAACAAGGCUUCUAAGUUCUCCGUCUUUGCCAAGAUGCCCUCAUUCCGAAAAGCCAAGAGCGUGAAGGGAUCCAAGGCAGAGGAGCCUUCCAGAGAGUCCCCUGAAAGAGGAGAAGAGUCGGCUCCUUCCAGGACCCCUGAGUCCGAGCAGAGUGUCCAUGAGGACAACUCAGACGAAGAGGCUCCCGUCAAGGGAAGCUGCAGCGUUGACCAGACGCCGGUAACGCUAACCUGUCCUUCGAGGCAGGGCGAGGCAGAAGAAGACAGCUACGGCUUCUUCCCCACUACACCCAGGACACGCCACGUCCAGCAGCUCUCUAGCAACGGGGCUCCGAGCGAGGCCAACAGAGGCGCCCAGGACCCCGACGGGCCCCACCUCCAGCAGGGGCAGGCGGCCGACGGCCAGGGCUACAAGAGGAGCAAGAGCAACGACAGCCUCAACAGCAACAUCCGCAUGCGCUUCGCCCAAGCCCACAAGUCCCUCUCCAGCCUGUUCGAGUCUCGCUCUAUGGACAAGGAGAACGAGGAGCACCUCAACUCGGCCAACGAGGGCGAUUUGGGUCGAGCCAGACAAUCCUGGAGAAGGCUAAAGAGGGCCAAAGAGGCAGAGCUGCUGAGAAGGGCUCUCUCGGUGCCCGAAGGGGACACCAGCAGGACUGGGAGUGGGGAGAACCUUGAAGACCCGUCCGUUCAGGACAGGGUGAGCAUCCCUGGUUCACCCGCCUCACUCAGGGCCCUCCGCCACACCGAUCCCCUCUGCAAGAGGGGGGUCCCACAGGGGGACACCACAGAUAUCCCCCACGGGUGCAAGUCCGAGGGCCAGAGGAGGAAAUGCGCGGCAAACGGCUCGCCGAUCACAUCGCCCUCGUCCUCAGACGACUCGGAGGCCACACCGGUCAACGGACCCAACCCACCCGUCCAGCCGUCGUCUCAGGUCAGCCUGUCCCACCCGCACCACCCUCCUACCGGAGUCCCAUCGACCCCACCGGCCGGGGACGGCCUGACAGAGGGCCCCCUGCGACCCAUGAGCCCUAAGCCCAACAGCCCCCGGCCGGCUGCCCAGCGGAGGGUGUUCCGUUACCCGCACUCGGCCAAAGCCAGUGUCCUCUCCUCGGUUCGUCUGGGCCAGUCAGUCAGUGUGGACGGCCUCUCGGACCCCCCGGAGAGGCCCAGAACCCUCAAGCCCGCCGCCGGCCCCCUGGGCCUCUCCCUCAGCCCGCUGGAGGGUCCCGAGGGCAGCGUAGACAAUCAGUCCCUCACCAGCCUCCAUACCAUAGGCUCCAUCAAUGAAAUGGAGGAACCCCAAACGCCCAGCCGCCUCCCCUCACUGGUGCGGCAGCGCAGGCUCCCGGAGACCCGGGAACAAGUGGAGGCCGUGGCUCCGGCCCCCAGGGUGCCCGGGGCCGGGCUCCGGCCUGUCCCAGACAGGGUCAGCAUCGCGCUUGGGCCGGUUCCGGACUCUCACGGGACGGGCCCGGACAGGCUCGGGGCCGCACUCCGGCUGGGUCCGGACCGGGUCGGGACGGGGCCCGGCCCCGGACCGGGGCCAGACAGGGCGCGGUCAGGCCCCCGGCACCGCCGCUGCCUGGACGACCUCUGGAUGGAGGAGGAGAAGUGGUACAAGCGCAAGCGGGCCCGGGCAGCGCGGGGGAGUCUGGGCCAGCUGGACCACGUGCUGACCCCGCAAGGCCAGGACAGAGACAGAGCAGGAGUCACCUUGGGGUCCUACGAAGAUUUUCGGGGAAUUCCCCUGAGGGCCCACUGCUUCUCCCAGAGCACCCCCAUUGGACUGGACUGCCUGGGUUGGAGGGGACAGAUCUCCUACCCCUCGGUUGUGGUCCCGGACGGGGGUCCCGAGAAGGGGAGUCUAGGGGAGGAUCUGGGCAGCGAGGAGGACCUGCUGUAUGAGGACUUCCGCGGCUCGGCCCACCGCUUCGGACACCCCGGGGGGGGCGGCGGGGAGCAGCUGGCCAUCAACGAGGUGAGACCCCUGACACACGUUACCCCCCCAACCCCCUCCCCCCUGCUGCCGCGCCCGUUGAAGCUCACGUCAGCGGCGGCAGCCUCUGUUCCAGACGGCAGCAGGGUGUGACCCUGUGUGCAGAGCAUUGCUGCGUAGCUCGCUCACCGUGUAGCGACGGCAGGUUCAAUUCCCACCUGCAGUCCUGUGCACACUUCACUCCCUUUCUCCUUUAAACCCACCUUCCUGUCUCUCUGCACUGGCCGGUACAGAACGGCACAUUAACUAUUUAUAUGGGCAUCUAUAUAUAUAUAUAUAUAUA